CCCGCGGAUUUUGGCGAACGCCGUCAGCUCAACGCCUUUCUGAUGAAGCACAAGCAGACACAAGACUACCAGCUGCUGCUCUGUGCCUCCAGCUGAGCUGUCACUGCCCUUGGCACCCAACGCGUCCCCAUCUCGUACGACCACCGCUCAUUGCUCCCAACUUCUUUCUGUUUCAUUGUGAGACAAGCCAACGAAGGAGACGCGUUAGAAAGGUGAUCUUUUAGGGCCUUCAACAGCACAUCUCAUCCCCUAGCACUGUCUUCAACAGACAGUGCCAGUAGCUAUCAGGGAACAGACCUGCCUAUUGGAAAGACUUAGACCUAAUGCUGAGCUGAUGGCGUCAUGGACUCUCAUCGUUACCGAUUCUCUACCACAGCCGGGAGUGUACAAACCAGGCCUCCGUACCUUCUGCCCAACCCGUCGGUGACAUCGCCAAAACCCGAAGAUGGACGCAACAUGAACCUGUCUACGCAUUGCCGAGACCCGGCUUCCACUGAUGAUGUGAAGCCCGCGCUAACGACGGCGCCACCUCGCAUAGCCGUGCUACUCAACUCAUAUCGCUCGCGCUUGCUCCCAGCGAUCCGUAGUUCGUACCAACGCACCAUACGCGCUGUGGCACCCAACGCACAGCUCGCAUUCUACGAGCCUGCCAACCGCCCCGGGGAAUUUCCAAAUCCGGAUUACUUCGACUUGAUCGUGCUCGGCGGCAGCAACGUCGACCCGCGCAAGCGACACCCCUGGAUUCUCGAAGUCCACGCUUUUGUGCGCCGAAUGGUCCGCGAUUACCCACACAAGAAAUUUGUGGGCAUUUGCUGGGGCCAUCAGACUAUCAGCCAUGUGUUUGGCGGGAAGCUGGUGGACGCGGCAGUUCCUGAGAUGGGCGUGGCGUCAGUGGAAUUGACAGAACAAGGACGAGCUUUUUUCCACGAGGCUUCGUCUUUGGGGUCCUUCAAGCUGCAGCAACAUCACCGCCGCGAAGUUGCCGCGGCGCCACUUGGUUUCGUGCCUCUCGCACACAGUAAUCAGUGUUUCAUGAGCGAGUCAAAUGCCAUUCUCACCUUUCAGGGCCAUCCCGAAAAGGAUGCCGAGACGGCGCGACUAAGGCUACAUGACUCGAUGCGUUGGUUCGGGUUUGAUGCCCUCAGCGAUGAAAAGGCGUGGGCGCAGUUGGAGAUGUUGAUAAAUACUCCACAUGACGGAGAGAUGGUCUGGAGACGCAUCUUUGAGUGGGUACGGGAGCCCUGUUCAGAAACCGGCGUCGCCCAGCAAACCGCAGCGCUGGCGCUAGCGGAGAAGACUAGCAAGAUGUAAUUUGACAAGACGCUUCUCUUUGCGCUUCCUCUUUUUGAUUCCUUGAUGGUUUGGGUAUAGAGUUAUGUGUUGGUCAUUUCUAGUCCGGACACCCUUGAGAGCAUAGCGAGGUACAUUGUUUCUAUAGCUGCAUGGCACAGAUUUAUAGUUCUAGUGAAAAGCAUCGAAAUGGACUUACUCACCUUAAAAAGAA